AUGGCGGACAGUGAGCUGGCGCCCAAGUUCGCCCCAUUCUUCUCCUUCGCCGGCAUUGCUGCUGCAAUGGUCUUGGUUGGUGGACACAUAGCUUACAAUUUCACAGCCGGAGGCGCAGCUUAUGGCACAGCGAAGUCGGGUAUCGGUAUUGCGGGCGUGGGCACCUUCCGCCCAGACCUGAUCAUGAAGUCCCUCAUCCCCGUCGUCAUGUCCGGUAUCAUUGCGGUCUACGGUCUCGUCAUCUCGGUGCUCAUCGCAGGAGCUGUCAAUCCAGCUCAGCAACAAAGUUUGUACACAGGAUUUAUGCACCUUGCUGCCGGGUUGUCAGUUGGUCUCUCCGGUAUCGCAGCCGGCUACACUAUUGGAAUUGUCGGUGAUGCUGGUGUCCGGGCUUACAUGCAACAAUCGCGGGUCUAUGUCGGCAUGAUUCUGAUUUUGAUUUUCGGCGAAGUUCUGGGUCUCUAUGGCUUGAUUGUCGGCUUGAUUUUGAACUCGAAGUCUUGA